CACAGAGGAGUCUAAAUGGGCUUUUCAGGUGCAAAACAUGCAAAUUUAAAAUCAGCAAAACUGUAAAAAUUCACAACAUAAACCGUAGCCUGGAGUUAAAAAUAAACUUGAGAUUUCAAAAGAAAAUACACUCUGCAAAGCCUUUAUCAGGACACGUGUCAGUAGUUUGGAUUCAGAAAAAUUCAGUUGUAAAUGUCAAAUUCCAACAGGCAUUAGUGAAAGUUGAUCCCAGUUAUUUUCCAUUUUUAACUUGAUUUUCGCUGUCCGUGGUGCUGACGUCAGAGUGUCCUACAAAGACAAGCCUGUGAAAUGUGGGCAAGUGGGACAACUUUUGAUUUAGACAAAUAUUAUUAAGUGUAGAAUUAAUUUUAUUUUGCAGCUGAGUAAGACUAGUUGGAAUAGGCUGACACAUCUUGGCAGUCCAUGACAUUUUCUUUAUUGUUUUAUUUCCCAGAAAAUAUUCCAAUAUUCACAAUGGAUUCGUGGGAAUGAAACAUAACGUUGGGUGGCGCUGUGACAGAGCUCUUUGCUUAUUGGGAGGUAAACCUCUGGAGGGAGAGAGCAGGCAGAGAGGAGGAGAGAGCGGGAGUGCUGCUUCCUCUCGGUGUGUUUCUGUUUGAGCCCAGAAGAAUCUCCUCUCUGUUUCUCCUCUAAGCGCCAGCUGUGCUUCUGCUGGAGGACCCCACACUUGGAUUUGGAUUCAGAGUCUGGACCAGGACCACACCUUGCACCCGGCAGCACUCAGCCUCUCGUGCUCUGAGGAUGAUGCAGUGAGCAGAGUCCAGCAUCUUCCGGUCCGCCUGUGUUGCACUCAGCCCGGCAUCGUCAGCUGUUGCUCUGGGAGAGAGUGGGGGGAGCAGCAAAGAGGCCAAACUAUGCCACUGAUUUCCAAGCGAUAGCGGUUUUCCACCCUUCAGUCGGUAGGGAGCGGAUGCGAGCAGCGCCCGGUAACGCACCUCCAAGUAUUUCCUGCCGUUACUCGCUGCCGGAGGCGCUGUGCCAAUGGAGAAGGCAACUCCGCCGCCACAGCCCCAGCUCCAGCUGUCCAUAGCGAAGACCGAAAGUCCAGCCGAGGACAUAUCCGGCAUCGCGGACGAUGAGCUGCUCAGGUGGACCAAAGAGGACCUGGUGCGCCGGCUGAGGCGGUCCGAGGCCGACAAGAUGAGCGUGAUCCUGGACCACGGGAAUCUCAUCCGAGAGGUCAACCGCAGCCUCCAGCUGCACCUAAACGAGAUCAGGGGGCUGAAGGACAUCAAUCAGAAGCUGCAAGAGGACAAUCGGGAGCUGCGGGACUUGUGCUGCUUCUUAGAUGAUGACCGUCAGAAAGGAAAGCGUGUCUCCAGGGAGUGGCAGCGUCUUGGCCGUUACAGCGCCAGCGUCAUGCGCAAAGAGGUGACCCUGUACCUGCAGAAACUCAAGGAGCUGGAGCUACGACAGGAGGAGGUGGUGCGGGAGAAUCUGGAGCUGAAGGAGCUCUGCCUGCUGCUGGAUGAAGAGAAGGGUGGAGGAGGCACAGGGGGGAGUGGAGGCGGAGGGGGUGUAGGGAUGGAAGGGUGUCACAACUCAAUGGACAGCCAGAAUAGUUUGCUGCUGGUGCCAGGACAGGGGCUGCUGAUGAGAGACGUGGGGGACGGGAGCAGCACCUCCAGUGCUGGCAGUGCAGACAGCUCUGACCACCCCCACCCUAAGCAGGCUCACCUGGCUGCAGGAGGGGUUGUUAUUGGUAGCAGCGUGGAGAAGGGCAGUCCCGAACUGGUGCACAAACCUAGGUGUAGCAGCAUCAGUGGAAUGGGAGGAGGAGGUGGAGGAGACAGGGACGUGUCCAGUCCUGAGCUCCCGGCUGGACGCCACCGAAGCACAAGCCUGGAGUAUCCGUACACACUGCCCCAGCUGUGCCGUCCCCGCUGUGGCUCCAUAUCCAUUCCUGACCACAGCAGGGUCAUGCGGGGGCUGAGCCCAGAGAAAUAUGGACGCAACAUCGGCCACCGCAGUCCGGAACAGCACCCCAAGCACCACAGUUCUGAUCUGGUCCUGGGCCAAAGGCAGCACUACCUGAGCCAAGGGGGCAGCGGGGAGCUCUAUCAGAAGUACCAGAGGAGCAGUAUUAGCAGCACGGGCUGCGGGAGUCCGGAGCUCCGGCAUGCACAUUUAGGGCUCGGUGAGCACCACGAAAAGGGCUGCAAGGUCCUGGGGGGCAGUCUGGAAACUCACCGGCACCAGUACAGCGUGAGUCCUGACCAUGGGAAGUUCAGCAGCCCUGUGAGAGAGGGCCAGAGGAGGCCAGCUGGAGAUGAGCUUUCACCACAUCAUCGGAGCAUCUAUAACGGCAUGAAUGCUUUGAUGCGUCCUCUUGACACCGUGCCCAGCCACACCCCUUAAACAAGCCAGUGGUGGUAGUGGCGCAACCGUCCUGUGACUCUGGCCUUGACCGACUGCGGGAUCCCCGGAAGCCGCCCUCCAUGGCUCCGGACGGCCUGUAGUCCCAGGCGUCAUCCAUGUCCACAGCCUGCCUCCGUGUUUUUAUUUCUACAUAUCAAGAGUCGGCGUGGAUGCGGGCUUAGUGAAUGAUGUUUGGUUAAAGCGUGGUGGCUGAGUGGAUCAGAGACAACGAGGACCGGUGAGGAGGAGAACAGGACACGGCUCUCUGCUGCUACCCUCUGUUUACACACAGAUCAUCGUUGGAGAAGCACAGAAACCCCCGGCCCACCACAUUCCUUCUUUUCCACACACAACGCUCUUUAUCUUCUCUAAAUGCAUCAUGGUGUGUGUGUGUUGAGGCUGGUGUAAUUUGAUGUUCUGCGUCUCAGCCUCAAAGUCCAGACCGUCCACCUCCUCAGAACCCCUCCUGUCGGUCCAACUGAACCUAAACCAACUAAACAUGUUCCUCAAAGAUCCAGGCAAAGGAGUAAGAAAGCUCUUCCUGUGUCUUAAACCAAGAUGGUCGACGUUAUUAGCUGCUGACAGAUGUUCUAGUUCUGCGAGAUGCAAUUAUCAGGUGUGAUCUUUUGUUUUUGUAUUAUUUUCUCUGCUCCCUUAAAGCGCCUAUACUGAAGCUGGGAGGAAGUGAUGCGUUUCUCUCUAAUAUUAUUGUUUUUUAUAAGGAAGUGAAGUCCAAGUACAAAGUAGAUUAUUGGAUUAGUUUUCUAUAUAUCUCUAUAUACAAAUAUAACAUGAUUAUUAUUUUUGACUUACUGGAAUUAGAACUAUUAUAUGAAAAUGCAUAUGACAACUCAAGUAAUAAACAGACCUGUUUAUCUGAA